AUGUCCCCACCACCCUCAAACCCUUCCGCACCGCCAGUAACCUCCCACUCUCGAAACCCCUCCCUGGCCAACCCCCCAAAACCGCAGCGUACGUCCUCCAAACGCGUGCCCGCCCCAUCCGCACCAAGCACGCAUUUCACGCUGCUCAUCCGCCUCCCCUUCCCCCGCGGCUCCUUCGUCGACCCUCCCCAGACCGACUGGGACGCAGCCAAGGACCGCGCGCUCUGGAAGACCAUCUCGAAGAGCCCGCGCACCAGCGAUCUGGACUGGGGCGAGCUGAGCCAGCGGUUCGGAGUCAGCCAGACGUUUCUGCUGCAGCAGGCGGCGUGGCUGUAUGAGAGGCAUCUGAGCCAUGUGAGGGCGCAGAUGAGGCGGGUCGGCGGUGCGGGAGCCGGAGCGGGAGCCGGAGCGGGAGUAGGGGCAGUACCUGCAGCCUUAUCGCCUACGCCUACGCCGACUCCUACGCCAGGAAUGAGCAGUGGGAGUGGAGGUGCGGGAACGGUGGGAGGAGUAGCGAUGAAGAGAACAGGGAGCGGGGCUUCGAGAGCGCCGUCAGUGUUGAGCCAGAGGCCUACUGCUAGUCCGGUCCCAAGGGGCGAGAGCAGUGUGCCUGGGACGCCGCGGCCAGGAGGUAAGCUUGCCUCGUACACUGCUAUACACGGGAGGAAGCUGCUAAUAUGGGAUACGGACGCAGCACCGCUAUCACGCACGCCGUCCACGACGACAAUCACCCAGUCUCGCCACUUUCUACCGCCGUCGCCCCGCCAGCCUCUGAGGACGUCCUUUCGCUCCUCGUUUCCUCCGCCUCGCCGCACGUCGCCCACGCUCGAGACAACAGCCGAAACAGAGAACAGCAGCACCAGACCACCUGCAUCCCCCUCGCCGCCACCAGCCAGCUCCGGCUCUUCCUCCUCCGACUCAGAGGCAGACAACGACGCCGCAAACGCCGGACUCCGCCGCAGCCAGCUCUUCAAGCGACCACCCCGCUUCGGCGCUCGGGGCGUCAAACCAGCCCUGAGCGCCGUAGACGACGAGUCCCAGCCCGGCGAAGACUACGACGACGAAGACUCAGCCGAGUUCCUGCCCUUCGCGAACCCAGUGGCACGCCAGCAGCACCAGCCGGCGCAGCAACCAGUCCACGACCCCAGCGCAACGCUGCGCCAUCCCCUCCCGAUUCGACACAACAGCACGAGGGAGCGGCCCGGCACCGCGCGCGCCACCACCGAGCCUCCCCAGCGGCCCCUCUCAGCGGUCGGGAGAGCGAGAGCCAAACAACCCGCUGCUGCCGCUGCUCUCGUCCCCAUCACCCACCCCUCCUCCUCCGCGACCUCCGCAUCCUCAACGUCCUCCGCCCCGCCUCUCCCCACCGCCGCCGGCCAAAGCCCGUAUCACGACACAGCGCUCACGCAGCCGCAGUCCAACCCCGCAUCCCGGCCGCCGACGGCGCUCUCCCCCCGCCACCGCGCCUCGCACCUCGCGCGCGGUGCGCUCUCGCCGCUUUCGCCUGGCAUGAGGGGGACGGGACGGGACGGCAGCGAGGGGACGCCGAGCAUGGGGAGUAGUUUUAGUGAUCUGGAUGCUGAGAGCGUCACGCAGAGUGCGUUGGAGGAGGCGCUGCUUAGUGGCAUGCAGAAGGGGAUGGGGAGUCGGAUUAGUGUUUUUGGCAGGGUUGUGGGGGGUGGUGGUCAAAGCGGGGGACGGGGAGGUUGA